UCUUCUCGACAGGCGCAGCGCCACACUGACGAGCGUUGUAUGACAGAGCGGGACACACCCACAUCACCACCUGCCUUCCCUGCCCACGCCCACGGUCACCACCACGCCCACUCCGCCCACUAGUAUAUAUAUAUAUAUAUCGACCCGUGGGUGAUGGAUGAUGCGGUGAGCGAGGGAGGAACGUGACGCUGAUACGGUGUGGUGUCGUCGCCAGUGUCCUCUACGCCGUCGUCUUUCACCUGUCUCAUUGAUACACAUCUGCUGGACGCCCGGGCAGGUGUGGCUAACGUAUCCUGCACGACAUCUGUGACCUGAGUGUUGUUUCCUGAUUCAGCAAAGAACCUACUUUAGAAUGUGCAGCUCUCAACGCCCAGGAAGAACUUUGUAGAACUCCUGAGAACUUCAUAAAAGCAGCUGUUGUCACAUGAAGAGAAGUGUUGGUGGGGCUACCAGUCCAGGAGCCUUUAGUUUAUUGCGAUCAUUGUGCGUUGUGUAAAGAGUCGUGGAUCACUCGUAUGUGAUAAAAAAUUAUAAUGGCCUUUAUAACAUGUAGCCUUGUGGAAACGAUGUGAAUUAAAAUGGCCUUUUUUUUUUUAAACUAAAGUGUGUGGCCCUAGGAUGACAUCAACCUAAUAUAAUUUUGAAACAAGAAUUAUCGACUAGAAAUCCAUGGGAUUUUCAUGAGAUUGGAACUGGAUUAAUAAUGAAACAUCAAGAUAUAAUGUGGCAGGCACAAGAAUCAUGACAUAUUGUCAGUGAGCAGUCGGGGGAAUGUUAAAAUGUUGACCUCAAUUCCACGAGAAAUAAGUACCUCCGACCUGCCGGGCGAGAGGCCCGACGUUGCCUGGCACACAGUACACUCAGAGCCGGAAAACACCCAGCUCAGAGUGCUCGUGCCAGACUCCUUAGGAACACAGUGCAAUAAUGCAAGAAGAAAAAGAAUGAGGAGAAGAAAUUGUAAGACCUGUCAACUUCCCUGGUAUUCAUAUCAAACUUUCAAGUUCCCUGUGUCUUAUGGUGUGAGAGGGUCACUCGGCCUCCUCACUCACUCUGUAUAUAUGUACAUAAUAGACUGUUGUUUCAUUAUGAUGUCGUUGCUUCGGACUAAAACAGACCUGUCAGCACGAAGCCACCUCUCCUUGUGUGGACUAAAGUUAUUAUGGAGGUGGACUUUCCUGAAACUCAAGCAAUAUAGCAACGCUUAUAGUGUGAUAUUAUAUCUAAUUAUUCUUUGUUCAUUUCCUGUGGCGACUGAGGGCUUUUGCCCUAAUGGCUGUGACUGUGAUGACAGUACUUUGACUGUGAACUGUGAAAACGUGAGCUUAGAGGUGGUACCGAUCCUCCUGAACCCUCGGGUACAGACGAUACUUCUCACCCGAAACAAGAUCCGAGCCCUUUCCCAGUCUCUUGUGUUUUACUCUGACCUGAGGAAACUGGAUAUAUCUGACAAUGAAAUAGACUCGCUAGGAAGAAAGAACUUUAAGGAACAGGAGAAUCUUACUGAGCUUCGGGUGAGUAAUAACAGCAUCAAGGUAGUGGAGGGCACCUCCCUGCAGGGGUUAGUGGGGGUCAAGAUGCUCUAUCUCGACAACAACCAAAUUUCCCACAUUGAGGACGGGGCCUUCAGGGGUCUGGUAAACCUCAGAGAGCUGAACUUAUCAAAAAACAAGAUCAAAAGUUUGAGUGAGAAUAGUCUUAAUGCACUGCCCAACUUACGGACACUAAACUUGAGUGGGAACAAGCUAGGCAGUGUGCCCAGUGUCGGGUUGAGUAAUCUGACCUCUCUGCUCGAGCUGGAUCUAAGUGACAAUCAGAUCUCGCAAGUGCCUGGUCGUGCCUUCGGCGGCGUCACCAGCCUGGCCCGCCUCGUCCUGGAUAAGAACAAUAUCAGUGAAGUUAGUCCGACAGCGUUCUCCAGUCUGUGUGAAUUGCGACGACUCUCCAUCAUCGACAACAGACUCCAGCAGGUCCCCUCCACGGCCCUCAGUGCUCUCCCAGAACUCCAAGAGUUGCAGCUCAGUGGGAACCUCCUCGAGUCACUCCCGGAGGACUGCUUCAAGGGAUUAACUUCCUUGUUGUCAGUAACAGUGUCUCGGUGCCCGCGACUGAGCGCUGUCAGCAGUGAGGCGUUCCUCAGCACGGGUGCCUUAAAAACCUUGGUUCUGAGCCACAACCCUCGCCUGGCAUCCCUCCCCCCUGCGGCCUUGGCCUCGCUGCUAAACCUCCGACAUCUCGACCUCACAGCUUGCGGCCUCCUAUACCUGACGCCCACGCAGCUGCCGCUGCAGCAACUGAAGAGUCUCCGGGUGGCUGGGAAUCCUCUCCACUGCAACUGCUCGCUGGUGUGGCUCUCGAAGCUUACCGCCAACCCAAACACCUCCGUCAUCGUGGACCAACCAGCGUGUGCCAGUCCCCCAGCCCUUUAUGGGGUGUCUGUGCGGGAGCUAGGUGAUGGAGGCGUGGGCUGCGACGGGCGUUUGGGCAUGUGGACCAUCGUCAUAUGCGUGGGCGUGGCCUUGCUGGGCCUGGCUAUAAUCGCCAUCUUUCUGGCGUGUCGCUGGAGGAGGAAGAGGAAGAAGAGGAGAAAGAGGGACAGCCAGGACAAGACGAUAGGCAUGUGGGACGACAUGUGGAGGCCAGGGAACCACAUCUCCACCACCCACCUCCCACCCUUGCCUACCAAUGGUGACUCCACCCUCUACCCUCUCACCACGCCCACCCGCCUGGGGCCGCCCCCACGCCUGCCCCCAGAUCACCCUCUCCACCACCUCAAUUACCACCACCACCAUCAGGGGUGUCUUCAGCAGUGCCCAUACGCCGCCCUCCACCCCGUCUACCACCCGCUCCUCCACCCUGAUCACAACUCCACUCAAACCACCCUAGACACCCCCACGCUCUACGGGGACAGCAGGCAGGACUACACUCCCACUCACGCCUCCACCAUCACCUCCCAAGAGCCGCCCCUCCCACUGUGUGAUCCUCCUCACUGGUACGCUACCAUCGGCGGUGGAGGCGAUGACAGUGGCAGGGAGAGUCGACCUUUGACCCCCCUCGACCUCACUAACAGCCCUCGUAAAGUGCCCGUCACCUACGUCUGAGUAGCGGCAUCACUCACCCAUCUUCCUGACCCCUCCAUGACCUCUCUUGGCUCUUUAUGACCUCAUGACCCCUCCUUACCCUUUAUGACUUUUCCUAACCCUUCAUGACCAUUCUUCCAUAACCUUUUCUCGUCCUUCACCCCCUCUUUUGGCCCUUCAUAACCUCUCUUGACCCUUCCAUAACCUUUUCUCGCCCUCCAUCCCCUCUCUUGACUCGUACAUAACCUUUUCUCGCCCUUCAUCCCCUCUCUUGGCCCUUCAUGACCUCUCUUGGCCAUUCUAUAACCUUUUUUCGCCCUUCAUCACGUCUCUUGACCCUUUAUGUUCAUGACCUCUCUUGAACCUUCCAUGACCAAUCCUAACCCUUCCAAAACCUCUCCUGACCUACACAGUGGGCGUGACAUUGGUGGUAGAGCAAGGAGUGAGUGAAUUAACCAAUGACUUAAUGCUGUAACUCAGCAUUGUCAGCUCAGCGCCCCACAGCGACUGAACUCACAAGGGUACAAUAACUAGCUGGCUCCUGUGACAUACCCGCCUUUCCACCAGGACAACCAAGACAAGUUCCUCUCCAGCGAACGUGUUUCACAUUAUUAUUUUUAUAGUGCAAAGCAUCGACGUUUGUGUGAGUGGCAAAAUGCAGCAUAAUGUACCGACUUUUGUUGGAGAGUGUCAUAACUUGUAAACAAGAGACGUGUUAGAGACUGAACACAGGUGGGUGUGAGUCAGGGCCCGAUGUAGUGUUUAAAACGGCCUCGACACAACUCCCGCUGUUUAAAGAAGUAAUAGCUAGUGUCAUAACACGACUGGAAAGUGAACACUAUCUAUGGAGAAUUUAGAAAAUGUUCCAUUAAGAGACAGUAUCAAAAACCUAACAGAACCAUGCCAGAUGGUGUAAUCCGAGUCUUGAGGGACUGCCGCUGCUGCUUUCACCACCAAGAUACACGGGAGGAAUAACAGAGAAGUCUGGUCAGUCUUGGAGUGUGCGAGUUACAGAAAAUACAUAUCACGCCGAGUGGAGAACAUACUUCUCUUCGUAACAUAAUGCAUAAUGUCGCCUGGUUGUAUUUGGUACUAAUUGAAGCACAGAGCUUAUUAAUCACGACACGAACACGCUCACAGUUUAACAUAUAGGCUAAUUAUACUACAACACCUGAAAUAUGUAUGAUAAUCCUUUAUCCAUUCCAGGAUUUGCAUAUACUGAGAAGGUUCAGCACUUGACUGCAGUGUCAAUCCCUAUGGAACCUCUCCCUAUUUACAUACUGAUUAACUGAUGCUCAUUUGUUUUUUCAUAUGGUUUGUCAGAAAUAAAGAAUUUUCACUACA